AUGACUCAAAGGACUAGUCGAAAGAAAAUUUCAAACGUUUCGGUAUCGAAUGAACAAACUUCAUUUUUGAACUGUAAUAGUGAAAAUCCGGAAUUUGUCUUCCGUAAUCUUCUGGAAAAAGCAGGAUUUAUUCUUGGUAAAGAAAAUGAACCUAAUGAGAUCAAUGUUGAUCAAGCAAUUUUCUUAAGAGAAUUGUCAAAAAAAUUGACUGCAGAAAGUUCUACCUUAAAACAAAAAUUUAUUACUGGUUUUGAGAAACAUUUAGAUGAUGAGUUACGAUUAAAGUGGUGUCUCCUGCCAACUGUUACUUCUCCUUCUUGCGAAAGUGCCAGAAGUUCUUGCCAAGAUAGUUUGGCGCAUAUGCUUUUAGGCAUUGAAGUUAUUCAAGAAAAGAUAUCAAACUUUAUGCUUGAAAAACUUGUUGAGUUUUCUUAUUCUGAAAACAAUGCUCUGUAUGACCGCUCUGAAGGUAAAAGUGUUGGUUGUUUAAUAGUUUCACAGUUUCGGUGGCUUAUUAAGUUAGUAAAUAGUGAAGCAUUUACUGAUAAAUUGAUUGAAGUGAUAGAAGCUACUCCAGUUGAAAUACAACGUGACAUCAUCAUAUUGCUUCCUGAGGUGUUAAUUGAAUUUGAUCACCCUAAAAUAGCAAGACAUUUGAGCAAAUACCUAAAUAGGAAUCAUGAAUUAUAUUUAACUAUUUUAGACACAUUAACAAACUUAAAUAUUGGAGUAGAAUUGCUAUCUGAAAUUAGAAAAGAUGUCUUAAAAAUAAUUUCUUUUGCUAAGAUUGAAAACUUACCUGUUAUUGUAAAAUUUGUUUUACAAGACUUAAACUCUAAUGAAGAAGCUAGAGAAACUGUUCAGGAACUUCAUAAGAACCUAGAUUUUAACUCUACGUUUAACCCUAUCACCUCUUCUACACCAAAAGACGCUAAAAACGUAGACUCCAUGAAAGAUGUUUGCAGCUAUGUUUUGAGUGUUAUUAGUCAAUCGCUUAAGUUUCAAAAAUUUCUGUGUAAUUCCUGGAUGAAACAAUUAGAAUCAGUCAGAGGAUCUCAUAACCACCGAUCUUUGGACAUUUUCGUUAUCAUCCUUUUGUUUUCUGUAGAAGGGUAUGAGAAAAAGGUUGAAAAUGUGUUGAAAAACAAAGUCAAAGCUGGUGAUAUUAAUGAAGAUUUAUUGCAUGUCACUUUUAGGUGUCAUCAUGAAGUACUCCAGAAUUAUGCUCCUAUAUUGUUAAAAGUGGCUGAAACUUUUCUUCAUGUUGCUGAACCACAUGUUUCACUGUUUGGAAGUUCAGUUUAUAUGAAAUGUUUUAUUUGGUUUGACUCGUUUUACAAACAAGAAGUUAUUGGAAAUCUAAUAGGGCAUGUUUGCAACAAAUCCGAAAGUGAGAUAAAUGCAGCUUUGAAUACACUUCUGUCUUUAGCUCGGAAUCACACUCAAAAGCUUGUGCCUUUUGCCUUAUUUGUGAGAAAUUUGUUGGACCAUCUAGAAAAAUUGACUUUGAAUCAAAUUCGUAAAGUCCAUGAAAUGUUGAGUAUCUUAGCUUAUCAGGGUGGUCGGGAAGGGAACAUACUGCUUGAUGAUAUGAUGAUCAUCAUUAGGAAACAGUUGACGCAUAAAAGUAUGAAGUAUCGAAAAAUGGGAGUGAUUGGAGCCUUGAUGGCAGCUAAAACUGCUGCCGAGAAAGACGAAAGCGCCCAAUUGGAUCUUUCAAUAUCUUCGGAUGCUUACGAUUCCGAAGCGUGUUAUCAGCACUCUAUUAAAUUAUUAGAAUUGGUUGCCGAGAGUACAUCGGACUCAUUGGAAGCUUUUGCAUUGUUUUGUGAUGAGCUUUCUGAUAUUAUGGUAGAAAAAAAAUUGGGAGAUAUAUUAUUGGACUGGAUUGGACAGAACAUUCUGGCAGAUUUCGAAGAAAAGUACAUCAUUGAUGUUUCCAUAGAAGAUUGUAAAAAAGAGGGGGUCGGUCCAAAAUUUGGCCUGGAUGAUGUCGAUGAACCUGUUGCCAUCGAUUUGUACACCAAAGUUUUGGAAGAACAUAAUUGUAUGACCAACAGACAUGUCCAGAAUGGGAAUGUCUCCUUGUCCAAGCAUAAAAAAACAGGCAAGAAGUUGAAUGAAAAUGAAAUAUUUCAAGCGUUGCUGCAGUUUUCUUCUGUCAAAGGUCCGAGGGGGGAACAGAAACAUAAUUCAUCACCACUUAAAAUAUCCCCUGUUUUUCGACUUCUAAGAAUAUUUAGGCACCUACAAGAUGGUAACCUGGAUUCUAUCGAUGCUCUUUUAGGUUGUGCAAUCGUACUGCCUGAUCUGAAAUCUUUAAAAUUCUCUUCUUUAUCGCUGGAGGAAAAACAAAACACAUUACAUACAUUAUUUUACUGUGUCAACUGGAUUAGAGAAAACUUAAAUGCAUUUUCGACUUCAGAAGAUGAGGACAUCAAACAUAACCUGCUGUCGCGCUUGCAGCUUUUGAUUGUGUUAGAAAACUUGAUAUGUGAUUGUUUAAAGACAAUGAAUGACUAUUUUCCUCCUUUGGCAAAUUUUGACUGUGAUGAACAGUUAAAUAGCUUCAAAUUACCGCCAAAAAAAGUUAGCAAAAGAAGUGCUACGGCAAAGAAAGGGAAAUCAAAGAAAGCAAAAGCUGAUGCCGACACAGAGCAAGUUGAAGCAACUGAUACUAAUUUGGAAAAUUCAAAAGCCCUCAAGUCUGAUGAUGAGGAGUUUGAACCUAAAGAUGGUAAUAUUAGUAAUGCAAUUAUGCUGAAAAAAUUGCAGCCUUUCUUCAGGGAACUGGACCUUGAUGUGUUCCAUCUCUUCAAAGCUGGGAUAACAUUUCAAGAACGGUCCGACAUUUUGGCUAGUAAUAAAAUAACUACUAUUGCUUUACAUCCAACAGAGCUGAACUUUUUAUUAGAAGAUCUGAUUCUGAAAUUGCAAUAUUGUUUUUCAAAUUCGGUUUGCCAUUUAAAAACUGCACAGAAAAAGAUUGGCUUCUCUCGUCUGGAUGUACAUACUCCAAUAAAAGUAUCAACAUUCUGUAUUGGGCUUCUGCCAGCACUUGGUGCUCUUGCUGAAGAAUGCACGUCCUUCUUCAAAACCAUUCUCGAAAAAGCCGACGGUGUUGAAGAUUCAUUGUAUAUGCGCAGUGUUAUUGUGCAACAUGUUACACAGUGUCUUAUCCUCGUAUUCAAAGCUAUAAAACAGAUAGUUUCUUGGAAAGAUUUGAAUUUAGUUGAAAAUGCCGCUCUUUUAAAGAAGGCACUUCACGCAUUAGCAAUCAGAUCGGAGGAAUGUAGAGAGAGUGACCCUUUGGAAAAAAUUGUUGCUCUUUUUAUCGACUAUCUAUGCUUAUUUGCUAAUAGUGUACCCUCGUUGGAAUGUGCAGCAAAUUUAGUACAGCUACUCUCUUCUGUUUUGUGCUAUGCAAAUAACACUGAAGCUAAGACAAGAGUUUCUGAUAUCGCUUUAAUGUUUCUGAAGAAAAAAUGGAUGGAAAUUGAAAAUAAAUCAGCAAAAAAUGCAGAAAUUAAUGCCAAUUUGAAAAUAAUUUUAGAAACUUUCUUGAGAAACAGUAUUUCAAUGUUGAAAUCUCUGGAUUGUCUUUGUGAAGAAGCCCUUGCAGAAAUUGUUAAUGCUGAAGAAGAAAACUGUGCGUUUCAUUCUUUAACUAAAUCAUCUCUCAUCUGUUACUACAAGAUUAUGUUCCACAGUUUAGCAGUGUAUAGCAAAGAAUAUUUCAGCAAUAAAGAGGGUGACAAUAAAAAGAAAAUGGCUCAAUGGGAAGUUUCUUUUAAAAUUUUCCGUGUGCUUACGACAUUGAUCAAAACUUUCGGAGCAAGGUAUUAUGUGGGAACAUGCCUCAAGUACAGUCGUGAAUUCCUGAGUGCGUUUUUAAAACAUGGCAUGCCUUUAAUGGACAAGAUGUUUGUUUCCAAUAAAGAAUUAGUCAUGAACUUGAUGAAAUCAUUACAAUCGAGUACAAGGUACUUACAGCAUGUCUGUAGCCAUUCCAAAGUUUUAAAAGACGUCUCGCUUAUAAAGCAUGUGCCUUUCUUAAAGAAAAAUUUGGAAGCAUUUGUCUUUAGAAUUAAAGUGAUGUUGGCAAUCAAUAAAUGUGAAGAAGCAUUCUGGAUUGGUAAUCUUAAAAACAGGGACUUGAAGGGAGUGGAAAUUUCUUCCCAAGUAGCACCCAUCUCCUCUGAUGAUGAAAAGUCCGAAAAUGAGGAGAAUAAUCUGGAAUCAGACAAAGAAGAGUUAGCUCGAAAUAGGAGUGGCUCGGAUUUGUCUGGAAUUGGUUCAGAUUCUGAUUAAUAAUUUUGGCAGGAAAUAUUUUCCACAAUUUUUUCUAUUGUUAUUUCCUUUUGGAAGAGCUUACUGUGAAGAGACCUAAAUUGUGCCUUUGUACUAUUUUCUUCAUAAUACAAUCUGCAUAACAAUUUUUGGGUGGUUAUGCACAGGGAUUUUCAGUUUCUAACUUUGUUUUUAAAUUUCAAGUGGCUGCAAAAAGACUGCAGAUGUCAACAGAAGCAGAACAGAAAUAGCAAAUAAGAAAAUAGGGAAAAAAAGACAUUUGUGAUCCACCACUAGUUUCUAUCUUGUUUUAUUAUAUAUUGUAAAACUUUAAGCUACAAUUGUAUUCAAACUUACACAUUGUUAUUUUCUUUCUACUAGUCUACAUUAAACUUACAUUUUUUAUCA